CGAUUGGCCACCCGGGCCGUUGCCCGGCGACGCGAGUUGCGGUUCCGUGGGUUGUGGUUCGGCGCCACUCGGGGAGUUUGGGGUUGUCCUCCGCCUCCUGCAGGGUGUAGACUUUGGCCUGUGCGCGGCGAGCAGCACCCACAGAGCCCCUCAGGAGCCGCCUCCCGGCAAGGACGUGGCCCUGCUCGUGCGUGUGCCCCUGCCGUCUGCCGCGUGGAGCUGCGCGCCCUUCCGGAGUGGGAGACGCCUGCGUCCGUGUGCGUGGAGGAGGACGGGCCUGAGCGGCGCAGCCCGCGGCCGACCCAGCGCCCCGGGAGCCCCUGACUCGUGUCCGGCAUGCGGAGCUCCGGCAAGGAGCUGCCAGGCGCCGCGGGCCGCUACGCCCCCUGCGACUGGUACUAUGACCUUCCCGCGAGGCAGUCCGAGAAGGCCGAGGAUGUGCCACCAGCGUCCCAGGUCCCAGGUGUCAGCGAGCUUGGGGACUCACCCAGUGGGCACAUGCAGGGGAUGCGGAGGUACUGGAUCAAAGAGACCGACUCGGAGUACGUGAAGCUGGCCAAGCAAGGCGGCCAACCCGACCUGCUGAUGCACUGUGCCCCCGGCACCGAGACUGGAAUGGGGACCAGGAGCGGCACCCCGGCCACCUACUCCUUGCCGGACUGGUUCAUCCACCACAGCAAGCCACCCACAGCCCACGGGAGGCAGGCGCCUGCUGCCUACAUGCCGGACUACAUGGUCCACGAGGAGUACACCCCAGACCCGGCCGACAGGACCCACGAGCCCAGAAGGGGCCCGUUCGACUUUGAUGUGAAGACAGUGUGGCAGAGAGAGACCGAGCAGCUUGAAAAGGAGAGGAAACAGGUGAGGCUGCCAGCCAUUAACUCAAAGUACCCCAGCAAAGCAGGGAGCCCGCUGAGCCCCAAAGACCCUGCAGGAAGUAGAGUCUGCUUUCCCCCCAUGCCUGGUCAAAAAACCAGCUCACCCACAAACUUCUCCAAACUCAUCAGCAAUGGGUAUAGGGAUGAGUGGUUCCAGCAGCGAGAGGACGCAGACAGGAGAACUGCAUCCACAUCGUCUCAGUUGCCCCAAGACCCCGAAGGGCGCCAGGAUGCGGAGCAGCUCCCAGGCCCCGAGGUCCCCCAAGAAUCUGCAGAGGACCCAGAGUCUUCUCCAACAAGCCCAGCAGCGUCGCCAUCGGCAUCGACGCCUGCGAAACUCAAAUAAACCCCGACACCUACACAGAGGGCGCCAGGGUCGCCGUCUGACGGCUACCUGUGACCCGGCUGGGUUUCAGCUCUCUCUGUGAGGCUCCCGCUGUGCUUGUGAACAUAGAUUCUUACGCAAGAAUUCGUCUUAGAACAGACUGUCGUCACCGUGGCUUAGAUGGUACAAGUGUUGGGUUUGGCUUCUUGCAUUUGUCUGGAUGUUAAGUCGCUGUACCUCGCUGGCCUGGGACGCCCCGGGUCUUAGAAGCAGCCACUGCCUCCCGGUCACCGGCUGGCAUCACCCCCUCCUGUGGGCCCCUCCGUGGGUGAUAUUCCCAUUGGAAUCCAUUGAUUACACUCUUAACCAGAAGAAACUCACAGCCUUUUCUGUGUUUG